AUUAUUAUAGUAUUUUUUCACCUGGGUUGUUUUUUCCCCUGCUUAUUUUGGUUGUUUCUUUGUUUUUUUUUUACCGAGUUGAUCUCUUGUGAUAUCUGGCAACACGCCCCACAAAUCCUUUCACGUCUAUAUUUGUUUAAGAUUUCCUUUUUUAUUCAGUAUACUUGCAAUAGGCUAUGCUUUUAAUCGUGUUCUGGACUUAACAUUACAAAACAGUUAAGAAAGUAGGCUAAUGAUAAUAAAGUUUCGCGUCCUUAUAAAGCACAACAUAUGUGGACUUCCGAGAAAGUACAGUCUGAGUUUACAGCCUAUGCAAAAUGAAAGCUUGCCUGAGGUUGUCUAAAGUUUCAUGUUUUUGCUCCUGUGUUUAGCUGUGUUUGGAUUAAAGUUUUCUUUGCUAAACUAGCCAAUCCUUUAAAACAAUGGAUGUUCAGAAGUAUUUGGCACGUAUCGGCUGUUCUGGUCCAUGUCCUCCGACAUUGGACACAUUACGACACGUUCACCGGAAUCACUUAAUGGCAGUUCCCUUUGAGAAUCUCACUAUUCACAUCGGAGAGCGGGUCAGGCUUGAAUUGCCACUUCUAUAUGAAAAAAUCGUCCUCAUGCGCCGUGGAGGAUUCUGCUUUGAGAAUAAUGGACUCUUCUCUUGGCUCUUGUCUCAGCUGGGCUUUGAAGUGACUAUUCUCAGCGCACAGGUCAAGAAUCGGUUCACCGGGGCUUACGGACCUCCCUUCGACCACUUCAUCAUGAUGGUGAAGCUGGAUGGACACAGAUGGCUCUGUGAUGUUGGGUUUGGAUCCGGUUUCCAGCUCCCUCUCUCUCUUGAGACAGACAGUCCUCAAGUCCAGAGCCAUGGAGUGUAUCGCCUCAAAUCUCAGGGAGACUUUAUUUUCAUGGAAAUGAAAUCUGAGACUGAGGUAUUAGAGAGUGCAGAAGAAUGUUGGUUGGAGCAGUACAAGUUCACUCUUGAGCCACGUGAAAGAGAUGAUUUCAGAGCCAUGUGUGACUACCAUCAGAGUUCUGUUAGCUCGAUUUUCUUCUGCAAGUCUCUCUGUUCACUCUUAUUACCCACUGGAAGAAUCACAAUCAUGGGCCGCAGACUGAUUAUAACCACUUUGACCUCAGUGGAUGGACACCAAGCUAUGAAAACCACAACAGAUCUUUCAGAUGAAGAAAUUACAGAGUUGUUGAGAGAGAAGUUUGGAAUUGUUCUUCCCUCUCCACUUACUCCAAAAGAUGUUGAGAUUGUACCACCACCAGUUACUUAUUAAAGGGUUAGUUCACCAAAAAAUGAAAAUAAUGUCAUUUAUUACUCACCCUCAUGUCAUUUCACACCCGUAAGACCUUCGUUCAUCUUCAGAACACAAAUUAAGAU